UUCAUAUCAAUUGACUCCUUGAGACCAAUUCAGAAUUAUAUGCAACUCACGAGACCUCAUAUAGCACAGCUGCCGGUGAACAAUCUUGUUACAUUUUCACUGAAGAUUUCGUUAGAAAAAGCGAGUUUCAAAGUGUUAAUUACAGCAGUGAUCAGUGAACGCAUAACUGUAAAUCCAUUGGUUCAAAAUGCCCUCGGAGCCGUCCCAACACCCAAUCACAACUGCUGUGCCAUCUGCGGGUGUGCAUUCCGACUCACCACCGAUCUCGUUCAGCACAUGCGUCUCAAUCACCGAUCCUCUAAAUAUAAACGUUCACAAAAACGAAUUCAUUAA